GCAGUAGAAAACAUUUUCCGUAAGUGCCGCGCCGCAAGAGUGUUUAUGAAUUUUUUAACAAACACAACAAUACUUAUGACAAGUAUUUUAUUCUCUCCAACUCAGAAGAUGAAUGACAAAAGUUAACCUUGUAGGAUUUAAACUCAAAAAAGCAUUAAGAGACGUAUGAAAACGACACAGUGCAUUAUAUUCCAUGUUUUAACAAUAAAGAUUCAAAAUUAGAAAAUGGAAAUAAAUGUAAAAAGAAAAUAAAAUCUGAAUCACCGUUUCUGUCGGUGUCUGAAGGGUUCUUCCCCUUCUGAUUAUGUUAGCACUGGAGACUAAAGUGGAUAAUAUUUAUUGUUUAAUACGUUACAGAGAAUAUAAAAUUAGUAAUGGAACACUUAGAAAAGCUAUGCGAAGUUUGUGCUACAAAAGUGGUCACAAGUAUAAAUGCACCUUUGAAGUACACUCAAAGCAGCCAAUAUUCUCAACAGGAGAUUACAUAUUCUUGAAGAACUGUUUAACAUGUUAUGAUUGUUGGGGUAUUAAAAUUUGGCAGGAUUGUCACCAUUACAAAUUGAGUGACAUAUUAUAUUGUUGUGGUUCCUUGGAAAUCAACCCUAAUACCAAUAUGUGCUACAAACCUUCAAUUAUUGGAAUAUCCGACAAAAACACACUAGUCCGUGUAUGUGCUGAGACAGGAAGGAUGUUUAAUAAAGUAUUUUUAUCGGGGAAACUUCAUUUCAGAACAAUUGAAUGGGAUGAUCCUCAGUAUUCUAUAGCAAUAUCAUCAACUACUAUUACGACAUUUUCACAGCCUGACCAAAACAGAACACUUUGUAAAGCCAUUGCUCUGUUCAGUGUUGCCCCACUCAAAUUUAUUGGCAUGUUCACCUUAGACUCCAAGAUUUUUGGUCCUAAAUUUGAGGAUGGUUUGGUCACAGAUAAUUUGUUGAUCAUAAAUUAUCGGGGUGGAUUUGUUGAAUUGUAUAGCAUGGAUUUUAUUUUAAAACAUUAUGUCUUGUAUGAAGCCCAGUUGUGUGAGCCAGAUCCUGUCACAGGACACGUUGUAGGGCUCUAUCCACAUGGUCUUCCUUUUAAUAUCAAGAUUAAAGCUCAGCCUCCAUUAAUGCUAAGGGUGAAAUCAGUUGAUCAUGAUAUUCAGUUUGGUGGCUUUCCAUUUCAUAUGCUGUUGGCAUCUGAACAUCGAGGGGUAUUCUAUGUGAAGUCUUUAGUUGAUAACAACUUGAUACAAGGUGGACUUCUUGAUCUUGGUAAUGAGAAAAGCAUUGAAGAUGACACUGCAGUUUUUCAUCCAGAUGUACACAACAAAAUAAUUCUCUAUGGUGGUUCAACAAUAAGGAUUCUAAAGCUUGUCAAUGAUGUCAAUUCCCAAAAAUGUAUAAGGUUACAAAAAGAAAUUUUGCUGGAUCAAAUUUACAAAAGUCCUAUGUUAAACAAUGUCACAAGAUCAGGAAGACAUGUUCGAAGUGCCUUUAAUUCCAGAGCCACUUGUUAUCAAAGUACAGUGAAUGAUGUUAUCUAUGACUCUGAGUUGGAUACUUUUGCCAUUCUAACACAAGACCAGAAUGACUGCUUCUCUUGCAAUUUGAACACUCGAAUCAGGAUUUAUGAUAAUGAGACCUGUGAUCAGCUUGGUGAGAUCAAAAUAGACCUUCCAACAGAUGAGGUGAUUGACAGCAAUUUCUUCCUAAAUUGUGGAACAUUAAUUAGGAUUUCUAAAAGUACUGCUAACAAAUUUGUGUGCACUGUUUACAAACCAAUCCAGUAAAAUGUAUAUAAAUGAAGAAACCUAAGACAGUAAUACAAUAAACAUGAUAAUGAUUCAGGUAACUUGUGAACUUACUGAAGUACAAAGAAGCAGUCUAAAAAGUAUUAGAACUUUAAAGAUGAUUGAACUUGAAAAUGCAUCAUUUCAUGUUAAUGAUUCUUAGAGAAAUUGUUAUGCAAACCAGACCCAUAUCGACAAUAAUUGAUAGAUCAGUUGGACAGUUGAUACACGGCCAUGUAAGCUACAUAUGUUAUAUACCAGUAUCGUGUUAUAUUUCUGGUCAGACGACUGAACUAAACUAGUAUAUUUUCACUCAUUGGCAUGCAGUCACUUACAGACACACUCCAGUUUCUAGCCCACAAGUAGCUGUCUCCUCAAGUGAUGGAACAGAGAAUUUAACAAGAUAAUGGUACUGCUGAAUAUUACUGGAGCCUUCGGAACAGCGUAAAAAGAAAUAUGAGGACAAACUUUGAAAAACUUCAGCUUCAUUUAGAAGUAGGUUUUCUGCAGAAAACAUGUGUAUGAGGUGCAGCAAGAAUUAUCUGGGGAACUCUCAAUACAAAGUAAGAUAUGGAAAACAGAAAAAAAAAAAUUAUACAGAAUGUACAAAAUGCCCCUCGUCUUAGGCCAUACGUUGUAGUUUGAUUGGAAAGAUAACUAAACCAGGCACAACACCAGUUCUGUGAGAUAACAAAACAGUAAUAAUUGUUUCUUUUUUGUUUUUGUCACAGGAUUAUCAAAUGAAGGAAUGAUAAUAGUUGUUUCUAGGCCUGAAAUUUUAGGAGAGGAGGAUGGUUAGUCAAUACUAUCAACCUCAACAGCAUGUAAAGAUCCAGAAAUACUGCAAAGAAUGUUUUUCUGAUACUCUAAUGAUUUUGCCAGCUCACCACUGUUUAGUAAUUGAUAAGUUAUUCUUUAAAAUUUAUAACAAGAUAACUGAACAUUUGCAAAAAUGUAUAGACUACCAGAUGUAUAAUAAACCCUUCUUUCACCCACCAGA